AUGCCGGGAAGAAACAGUGUUCCGGACCGCUGGGAGUCGUAUGUACCUGUUGGCAAGCCAGUGGCUGGCACUCGAAUAUUUGCCUUCAAAGUGCCAUUGCGGGACGGGAUUGCAAAUAAUUUAACAGAAGAAGACCAGUAUUUUGGCCCCUCCGAAUUGUUUGAAGAAGUCGAAAAGACUGGACAUAAAUUGGGACUCGUCAUUGACCUUACGAAUACAGCCCGAUAUUACGACAGCAAAGACAUCACCAAGCAUAAAGUGAAUGUCGAAAAUGGCGCCCGAAUCAACGUGCAGUACAAGAAGAUCUACACCCUGGGUCACGUGGUCCCCGACUACGGGAAAAUCCAGAGCUUUAAACGGACUAUUGACCAGUUUGUGGAAGAAAAUAAAUGUAAUGAUACUUUAGUGGGUGUACAUUGCACACAUGGUGUUAACAGAACUGGAUACAUGGUCUGUAGGUACCUGAUCGACUCUUUGAAAUGGAAACCAGAUCGUGCCAUUGAAGAAUUUAAUAAAGCAAGGGGACAUUCUAUAGAGCGUCAAAACUAUCUUGAUGAUCUGAAGAAAGAACAACCAGCUGGCAAAGAAGGAAGAGAGGGUGAGAAUUUCCCUGUCAUGGCAGGGGUAGGAGAACAACCAAGACAUAGAGAGAAGCAUGGGAGAGAUGAUAGAAACGAUGAAUAUGCAGGAAAUGAUUACCGAACAGUAUGGAAUCCAAGUGUAGAUCGUCAACAAGAUUUCAAUCAAUAUGGAGAAGCCUGGCAAAAUUCUAGGAGUUACUCUUAUGAAAGGUCUUCAUGGAAUAAUCACAGAAGACGUGAUGACUUUCACAGAGAUGAUUCAAGUAUGAAUUGGGGAAAUUCUGAUAGUUGGAGAGGACGGCGGCAUUCACAUUAUGAUGAGACGUAUGAUGCUAAUAGAGGAAGGUAUUUAGCAGGGCAUGGGAGUGGGUUUAGAGAUCAAACGUCGAGACAUAGUGGAGAGACUAGAGGUCAAAUAUCUGGGCAUAUUAAACAAAAUUGGAACAGAAGUCAAGAUUACAAUACUUGGAAGAGGGGGAGGGAUUAUAGAAGUAACCAUAGGCAGUCUCAUCCAUACAGUAAUGGUGACAACCAUUAUUAUAGAAGAGGUCAACAGAGAAGAUAUGAUAAAGCAUGGGGAGAAUAG